UGCCAUGUACGAUGGCAUGAAGAAGGCUUUCGGCUCAAGCGUUACCAAGGUCGCGCCCAUAAGGUCCUCCUCGGGAGACAUUAUAACAGACCGGGGCAAACAGCUGGAGAGAUGGGUGGAACAUUACCAGGAACUCUAUGGAAGAGAAAACAUCAUCACUACCUCAGCAGUUGAGAACACCAACCUCCUGCCUGUCACGGAUGAACUGGAUGCUACCCCUUCUAUGGAAGAACUUUGUAAGGCCAUCGACUCUCUAGCCUGUAACAAAGCACCUGGCAGCGAUGGUAUUCCUCCAGAGCUCAUCAAGGCUGGGGCGAAGACCGUUCUUAUCCAUCAUUUGCAUGAGCUCCUUUUACAGUGCUGGGAAGAAGGAGCAGUGCCCCAAGACAUGCGUGACGCCACCAUCAUCACUCUCUAUAAAAAUAAAGGAGACCGUAGUGACUGUAACAACUACCGUGGAAUAUCCCUUCUCAGCAUAGUUGGAAAAGCCUUUGGCCGGGUAGUACUAAACAGGUUACAGUCGCUAGCAGAACGUGUAUAUCCUGAAGCUCAGUGUGGAUUCAGAGCAGGGAGAUCAACAAUUGACAUGAUCUUCUCACUGAGGCAGCUACAAGAGAAAUGUCGCGAGCAGAGGCGACCAUUGUACAUCGCCUUUAUCGAUUUGACUAAGGCAUUCGAUCUAGUCAGCCGGAAAGGCCUCUUCACCCUUCUGCAAAGAAUAGGAUGCCCCCACAAGCUCCUGAGGAUCAUCACUUCUUUUCAUGAUGAUAUGCAAGGCAUCGUCCAGUAUGAUGGCUGUUCCUCGGACCCAUUCCCUAUCAGAGGUGGAGUGAAGCAGGGCUGCAUACUCGCUCCAACGCUCUUCGGCAUUUUCUUUUCCUUGCUACUGACCCAUGCCUUUAGCAAAGCAGAAGAAGGCAUAUAUAUCUACACUCGAACCGAUAGAAACCUGUACAACAUUGCACGCCUCCAAGCAAAAACCAAGGUGCGUAAGGUUCUGAUACGGGAGAUGCUUUUUGCAGAUGACGCUGCCUUGACUGCACACUCUGAGGUAGCUCUACAGCAACUCAUCAACUACUUCAUGGAUGCCUGUAGAGAUUUUGGCCUCACCAUCAGUCUUAAAAAGACCAACAUAAUGGGCCAAGAUGUUAGCAGCAUCCCAAACAUCUCCAUUGCUGACUACACCCUUGAAGUGGUAGAUAACUUUACCUACCUUGGCUCUACCAUCUCCAGCAACCUCUCGCUGGAUGCCGAACUAAACACUCGGAUUGGAAAGGCAGCAGCAGCUAUGGCCCGCCUAGCAAAGAGAGCUUGGGAUAAUUCCAUGCUGACAAACCACACCAAGAUGAGGGUAUAUCAAGCUUGCGUGCUCAGUACUCUACUCUAUGGUAGUGAAGCAUGGACCCUGUACUCCCGGCAAGAACGCAGACUAAUGUUUGCAUUACUCUCCCAGAAACGCCUGCGCUGGCUAGGCCACGUCAGUCGCAUGCAGGAUGGUCGUAUACCCAAGGAUCUACUCUACAGCGAGCUUGCUACGGGCUCCAGACCUAUAGGAAGGCCUGUUCUUCGCUACAAAGACGUUUGUAAACGUGAUUUGAAAGCAGGCAACGUCAACCCAGCAGUCUGGGAAGUAGAAGCUGCAGAUCGCUGCAGAUGGAGGCAAGUGGUUAAAGCAAGCAUCAAGGUGUCUGAGAAGAAAAGAGAGCACGAGUGGGAAGAGCGGAAAAAGCACAGACGGCAGAGGGUUGCAUUAGCAGAUAUAGGACAAAUAGACCCAGGCACAUGCUACAUCUGCAGCAACUGCAAUUUUCUUGCCGCUCCAAAAUCGGACUGUACAGUCACAGCAGGCGCUGCAAACCAACCACAGAGACUCCUUGACGCAUAUUCCAUUGUCUCCAGAGACAGACGGAUGCCAAGAAGAUACAUUGUGAUCAGUUGAAUGCCACUUUUGAUCAUAUGAUUCCUCUAUUUCUUGGAGCCGAUCUGUUCUCAGCCACAGACAUUCGCAGUGAAAACCAUCCCAGAUACCAUGGCAAAUUUGCUAAGCGAGGACUAGCAACUAAACUGGUUUUCUCAUCAG